AUGGCCACCGCGGCAGUAUUCGGCUGCACCGGCGCCGUGGGGAGCCACAUUCUCAGCACCCUCCUCGACAGCGAUGCGUUCACAUCCAUCAAGACAAUCUCACGGCGUCUACCCAAGUCCCAAUCGCCCAAGCUCGAGGCCCAUGAGGAAGCCGACACGUCCAAAUGGGGCGGCAUGAUGUCCAAGCUCAGGCCCAAACCCUCCACCGUCUUCAACGCUGUCGGCACCUCCCGGGCUGCAGCCGGCGGUCUCCAGAACCAGUGGAAGAUCGACCACGACCUGUGCAUCGAGAACGCCAGGGCGGCGAAGGAGGCCGGAGUCAAGACCUACGUCUUCAUCUCGAGCGCGGGAACGAGGGGUAUGCUGAGCGGGUACAUGCCGUACAGCAAGAUGAAGGUAGGUGUUGAGGAUGCCAUCAAGGAGUUGGACUUUGAGCAGGCCAUCAUUCUGAGGCCGGGUAUGAUCCUCGGGGAGCGAGAGACGCCCAAGGCGCCGUUCUUCGAGAAGCUCGUGGGCAAUCUGCACAAGAUCAGCCCGUCGUUCCAGGACUCGAUAGGUCAGGACCAGAAGAUCAUCGGAAGGGCGGCGGUGGAGGCUGCGCGCCUUGCGCAGGAGGGCAAGGCACCCUCCAAGUACUGGGUCCUCGAGCAGGCUGAUGUUGUCAAGUAUGGCAGAGAUGAGUGGAGAGAGUGA